UUCCGUCAGUGUUGUAUUUCGCUUAAAAUAAACCACAAAAUUAUAUUAGAAAUAAAGAAAAUUAGAGAUAAUUUUCAAUAAUUUUAAUAAAAAAAUCGCUAUUAAGCAAAAUGAUGUACAGGUGAUAUUUGAAAUUUAGCAACAAAUGGAAGCAUUUACCAGGACUCCAUUGUGAUGAAAAAUGUCUUGCUACGGAUCUGUGUAUAAUCGGACAAAACGAAAGUGUGAACAGUAUAUUGUGAUAUUCGAAUUUUAAAUUUUGCUAUUAGGAAAUUUAAACAAAAAUGGCGCAGACUCUUCGUAGAGCAGUAGAGGGCAGGUACCCCUCUUGCUAUUUACCCAAUCGAUUGAAAGAAAGGAAAGCCAAAGCUAAAGCUUUGAGAUUAGAGCAACGUAAACCAGACAAACCGGAAGAUUUCGUUUGCUAUUCAGACAGUGACAGUGAAGAGGAAACACCGACGCAGCAACAUCAAAUUUUAUCAACGUCAUAUAAUUUUGUCGACUAUGUACGUUCACGAGAAAUACUUGCUCCUGAGCCUCGAUCAGUUGACCCAUCGUAUGCAACCCGACACAUGCUCACACAUGAUAUGUUUCAUGAGACACCAGUCAACCUCGGUAACAUGAACAAGGUCUUCUGCUCACAAUGGCUAUCAGACAGACAAGUUGUAUUUGGCACCAAAUGUAACAAGUUAAUGGUGUAUGAUGUCCGCACUCGGUCCUUGGACGCCAUCCCCACCCUGCGCCCGCGCGCCGCCUGGCCGCCGCCGGACCACCAGACCGGCAUACACGCGCUCCAGAUCAAUCCUUCCAGAACACUGCUAGCGACUGGUGCGAGGAAUUCUUGUGAAUUAGCCAUAUACAGCCUACCUACACUAGACCCGGUCUGCGUUGGAGAAGCUCAUAAAGAUUGGAUCCUGGACAUGUGCUGGCUGGACGACGAGUUCGUGGUGACGGGGUCGCGCGAUAAUAAGCUUGCACUGUGGCGCGCCCCGGCCGCCCCCCCGCCCCGCGCGCACCUGCACCACUACGUGCACCCCCACGCCGUGCGGGAGUGUCGGUCAGGUCUAAAAGUCCGAGCGCUGACGUUCAACGAGCGCUGGCGGGAGAUAGCGGCACUUACCCUCAACGGCUACAUACACGUGUUCAACGCGGAGACCUUCCGCCAGACGCUGUCCAGGAAGCUGCCCUCGUGCCAGGACUUGGUGUGUCUAGCCACCCAGCAAGAGAGCGGCAUGUACGCGAUCGGCUGCAAGUCGUACACGCUGCUGCUGGACUGCCGCACGCUGCAGUCCGUCAAGAAGGUCACCUCCCGGUACUCCGGCUGCGGGGUCCGCUCCGCCAGCUUCCGGGGGAACAUGCUCACCAUCGGGACCGGGCUGGGUCUCCUGAUGUUCUACGACCUGCGCGCGGGUAAGUACCUGGAGAGCAGCAUCCACUCGUCCAAGACGGUGACGCUGAAGGCGUCCCGCGGCUACCUGUUCCCCGAGGAGGAGGCGGAGGGCGGCGUCAAGCACGUGCCCGCCAUCUACACGCACUGCUACGACUCCUCGGGCACCAGGGUGUUCACUGCGGGCGGGCCCCUACCGGCCCCCCUAGUCGGGAACUACGCAGCCAUAUGGCAGUAGCGAACCGAGCGAAGGCCUCAGAUUCACUUUACUUUACUUAUUCACUAGCGACCCGCCCUCGCUUCGCUUCGGAAACAUUAAAUUUUAUUAUUGAUAGCUGAGUCCCGCAAAGUUACCCGCGG